AUGUCGUGCUUCACGCAGCUGUGGCAUUCCAACACGGCAGAGUCUCCCACCAGCCCAGUCCCCGCAUCUCCAAACGAAAUCCCCAUCCCCAUCAGCCCCAUUAUUGUCACCUCUCCAGGAGAUGGCAAGAGGAAGGCGAGAUCCCCAACCGACAAACCUGGCUCUCCGAACCCAACGUCUCCGAAGCCAACCUCCCCUGUUGAGUGUUCCAUUUGCUUCAACACCUACGACAACACCUUCAAGACACCCAAACUGCUCCAGUGCUCCCAUGUUUUCUGCCUGGAAUGCGUGGCCCGCCUGAGCACGGGGUUACCCCCAAACCAACCAGAGGACCAGCUCCCCUGCCCCUUCUGCAGGCAGUUGACCAGCAUCCCUCUGGAAGGCGCCCCAGCACUGGAGACCAGCAAGGAGCUCCUUGCCACGCUGCCUCCCGAGCUCCAGCAGGAGAAGGUGCUGUGGAUGGAAGGGACCAAACUCUGCUGCCGUCAGUCAUCCGACGACCCCGAGAAUCCAGACUCGUGUGUCUCCAUUGACGUUGCCAUGAGCAAGCCAGAAAGCCCAGAGGCCCCCCCAACAGGGUUAGCUGGGAGGCUGUCCCGUUGCGACAUGUGUGAUGACUGGAAGCGCAUAGUCCUCCUCUCCGCCUUGAUCAUCAUCCUGUUCUGCAUCAUUCUGUGGCCAGUCCAGUGCGCCCUGAAGACAGGGAACCUCCGCUGCUUCACAAGGACUGUUGCCAUGAGCAGGCCAGAGUAUCUGCCCCCCAAACACACCACGGCAGCGACGCCAGUGACACAACUCCCUUUCCAGUAG